UAAAUGUAACAUGUUUCCUAGACACGUGACUCCUAGCGUGUGAAGUUUAAAGUUUUGGUUCAGUUUCAUUGAAUUGAAGGGACAACAUAUAUUUUCUAAGAACAAAGAGAAAGAAGAAAACAUGGGUGCUGUAACAUCAACACCUUCUGUUGCAACAGAGUUAGCACCACCCGUAGCUAAAGUUACAGGCAUUUUCACCUAUCCAAUUAAGUCAUGCCGUGGAAUCUCUCUUCCUUCUGCUCCUCUCACUCCUUUUGGAAUUCGGUGGGAUCGACAGUGGGUGGUUGUGAAUUCAAAAGGGAGAGCACGCACGCAAAGAGUUGAACCAAAGCUUGCUUUGGUUGAGGUUGAACUUCCACAUGAGGCUUUUCUUGAACAUUGGGAACCUACCACUGAUUCCUUCAUGGUGUUGAAAGCACCUGGAAUGAAACCUCUCAAAGUUUGUUUGAACAAACAGUAUGAAGUAGUUGAUGAUAUUACAGUGUGGGAAUGGAACGGCCCUGCCUGGGAUGAAGGAGCCGAAGCAUCGCAGUGGUUCUCGGAUUAUUUAGGAUCACCUAGUAAACUGAUCAGGUUCAAUACCGCUUCAGAAGUUAGAAAUGUAGACCCUGAUUAUGUUGAGGGGCCGCAGCAGACCUUCUUCAGCGAUGGUUAUCCAUUCUUACUCUCAUCUCAGGAAUCCUUGGAUGCACUAAACAAGCUUCUAGAGAAACCUAUAUCUAUGAAUCGUUUCAGACCCAAUAUCCUUGUUGAAGGUUGUGAACCAAAUGCUGAAGACCUGUGGAGAGAUAUAAAGAUAAGCAGGUUUUCAUUUCAGGGUGUCAAGCUGUGUGCCCGUUGUAAGGUACCAACGGUCAAUCAAGAGACAGGAAUACCUGGAACUGAACCAUAUGAAACUCUAAUGAAAGUUAGGUCUGGCCAAGUCUUGAGACCAAAUGAAAAACACAAAAAUAAGAUCUACUUUGGUCAGAAUUUAGUGUGGAAGUGGAAAGACUCUUCUGCUAAAGGGGAUGGAAACGUGCUUAAAUUAGGAGAUCCUGUUUAUAUUAUCAAAAAAUUCUCUUCUCUAGCGGAAGCAGCUGCUUAAGUGGCUAUGAUGAAAUUAAGUAUUAAAAUUUACAUCAUUGAAAAGUAUUGUAUAAUGUUGUGAAUCUAAUGAGAUCACACUAGAAUAUAUUUAUAUUCAUAUGAAUUGUAUACAAUAAGGUAAUACAAUUAAUACAAUUGAUACACAUUGAUUCUGAUUGA